AUGUUUAUCGUCCGCCUGAUGGCGGUCAUGUUUUCUAUUGUUUUUACAAAACCGUCGCAUGCAUGGGCAAAUUACUACGAACACCCAUAUGUUGUGAAUUUUUCCUUGAAGUUACGCAUAAGUGAAGUGUUUCGCCGAAAAAUAACUUUGAAAAGUUCCACGGGAAAUAUUUACAUUGAUAGCUCGAAGUCAAAGACAGAAAAAUGUGAUGUUUGUGGAAAACAAUUUACUGUGUUGAAAGAACAUGAGAGAAUUCAUACUGGUGAGAAGCCAUAUAAAUGUGAUGUUUGUGGAAAACAAUUUAAUGUUUUGAGUAAGUUGAAAGAACAUGCAAGAAUUCAUACUGGUGAGACGCCGUAUAAAUGUGAUGGCAAAUUAAUCAGUCGAGUAAUUUGA